AUGGAGAUGAAGACGAUGACGAAGAUGGAGAAGAUGGAGAUGAAGACGAUGACGAAGAUGGAGAAGAUGGAGAUGAAAAAGGUGAAAAGGAAGAGGCUUGCAAGUGAGAUAAAGAUCAUAAUGACCAACAAGGGCUUGAUGUUGAUGACGCUGUUCAUGUGUGUGUCAUGUAUGGGAUGCAGCGUUCUGCAACCGAGCAUGUCGCAUCGGACGUCUAAUGGGGCAGAGCAAGGAGGAGGGGGGAGGAUUCUGGGGCGGCUACGUAUCGCUUUGCGAGGAGGGAGCGACCAAUACUUUAGCAGCCAUGCUUCUGAGGUCGUCCUUGCGGACUUCGGCGAUGUAAACGAGCUCCCCGAUGUCGACGAGAGCUUGUACCUCCCCAAGGAGGAGGAGAAAGAAGCAUCAUCCCAGCCCAUGAGUGAGGGCGACUACGAGGAAGAGGAGGAGACCCCAGAAGACAAGAAGAAAGCGGAGGAGCUGCAGCAGGCUGUGAAGAAGUGGAUGGAACACAUGGAUCGGCGGCAGAAGGACCCGAUGCUGGUUCUGCAGGACCACCCCAGGUAUCAGUGGUUUGUGGAGAGGCGUCAAGACAUCGAGGACAUCAAUGCGUCCAUCGCCAACUUGACCAGCCUCGUCGACGAAGCCAACAGGACCAUAAACGAGAAUGCCUUCAUACAGAAGCUGCAGGAGAUGUUCCCUCGCCCCUAUCACCUGACGCACGAGAACUGGACGAGCGACAUGAUCUGGAGCUAUGAGGAGAUGGAUAAAGCUUGCGAAGCUCUCGUAUACAACAACGGCAGCUCUGUGCUGAACUCGAAGGAGUACGAGAUGCCCAAGGCUGACCUGAUGCUCAACUUUCACGUUGCUGCUGCGAUGGGAUCGGAGAAGGACGUGAAUGUCUUCCUGCAAAUGGGAGCAGAUAUCAACGAGCAGGGGCCGAAGGGCUUGAGUGCACUGCAUCUCGCUACCUUGGGGGACCAGGACGCGAUGGUGAAGUGGCUGAUCGGGCGUGGAGCAAAUAUGGAGGCGAAGGCGGAGGACGGCCGUACUUGCAUGCAGAUUGCAGCGAUGGCGGGGAACAAGCAGAUCAUUCAAACUCUCCAUCAAGCAGGAGCCAACGUGAACGCCAUCGACGAUCAUAGCAGGACGGCGCUGCACAGCGCUGCGGCUUUCGGGAGCAUGGACGCAGCAGAGACGCUGGGUUCGACAGCUUUGGAUUAUGCCAGGAGGAACGAGCACAACGACAUCGUCCUCUACCUCUCAAGUCUGCCAACAGCCGGAAAGUGA